UAAAGUGACAUGUUGUUAUAAAACAAUAACAUUGAACAAUGAAAAACAAUAAAUAAUAAAAAUACCACAACAAUAAUGAUAAUUGUUUUUUUUUUUUUUUUUUGUAGAAAUAUUAUAUUUUUCUAAGAACGUAUGAUUUAAUUAUAUUUAUGUGUAUUUUUAAUUUUAAAAACUUAUAACUAAAAUGAACGUUGUCAAAAUAAAAAAAAAUAAAUUCUCCAAUUCGACUCGUGAAGAAUUGGAAAUUCUCGAUAAAUCAAUUUUAAUUGACAAAAUUUUACAACUGGAAGCUCAUAAUUUUCAAUUGAAAUCUAUUCUUUCUAAAACUUUAAACAGUUCUGAUAAGAAAUCAAAAAAGCCUGAGUUUACAAAUAGAAAAUUUGAUUUUUCCAAACAUCACAAAAGGCAUAUUUUCCUAAAAUUCUAUUAUCUUGGAUGGGACUAUCAUGGAUUUAUGGAACAAGAAAAUACAAUUGACACUAUUGAACAUCAUGUUUUUGCAGCGUUAAAAAAAAGUUGUCUCAUUGAAAAUAGAGAAACAUCAAAUUAUCACAGAUGUGGUCGUACUGAUAAGGGUGUCAGUGCAUUUUCUCAAGUUAUUUCCAUAGACGUUCGCAGUCAACUUGAUCCAAAUAAUCAAAAUAAUCUCGAUCAAGAACUCGCUUAUUGUAAAAUUUUAAAUAGACUUUUACCAAAAAAUAUUCGAUGUUUCGCAUGGUCACCUGUAUUAGAGAAUAUUUCCGCGAGAUUUGACUGUAAACGCAGAACUUACAAAUAUUUCUUUCCAAGGGGAAAUUUAAAUUUAGAUCUUAUGAAUCAAGGAUUAAAAUUCAUGAUUGGAAGUCAUGAUUUUAGAAAUAUUUGUAAAAUGGAUGUGGCAAAUGGUGUUGUUAAUUUUAAUCGUACAAUUUUAGAGGCUUCAGUACGUUCCAUUAAAGAAAAUCUUGAAACAACAUCAGGUUAUGAUAUGUGUGAAUUGACAAUAACUAGUCAGGCUUUUUUGUGGCAUCAGAUUAGAUGUAUAAUGGGCGUAAUACUAUUAGUUGGAUGUGGAAAUGAAAAACCUGAGGUAAUUCAAGAACUUUUGAAUAUUGAACACUGUCCAAAGAAACCGCAAUACAAUUUAGCUCACGAAAUACCAUUGAAUUUAUUUCAUUGUGAAUUUGAAACGAACGAUUGGUUUAUUGAUAAAACAGAAUUAGAGGAAGUUAUAAAAGCCUUACAGGAAGAAUGGACAUUUCAUAGAAUUAAAUCGACAAUGAUUAAAACAAUGCUAUUGAAUUUACCAGAAACAAAAAAUACAAAUUUUCAAAGUGAUUGUCUACUUCGUGGAGUGGAAUCAAAAAUUUAUACUCCAUUAAUGAAAAGAUUGACUUGCGAAAGUUUAGAGGAAAAAAUAAAACAUUUUACAAAAAAACAAAAGAUCGAAGUGAAAAAAGAGACAAAUAUUUAAGGGAAUAAUAGAGUGUUUUUUAAAUAAAUAUUUUUAAAUGAAUAAAUAGCAUUUUUUAAAAAUAAAAAUAUUUUAUAUUUUAUAUAUAAUUAAAAUCCAUCUAUUAUCAGGAAUGAAAUAAAAGUUUAUAGACAACAA